CGUCAAACAAACAAGUCAGUCAGCAUCGAGAUACGGUGUUGGAUAUAUUCGUGGAGCAUUCGCUAAUGAGAAGUGUUCUCAUCAUGGUACUGAAGACGUUAGUAUUUCUGAUGACCGUGGGUUUGGCGUGUGCUGCAGUAUGGCUAGGAGAGCCUCCAAAGAAACCCCAUAAUUUAGAAAAAAAAGAGGGUUGUUACAUUCGGGAGAUAAACGAUGUUAUACCAUAUGGUCAAGAAAUAUCACCUAUUGGCUACUGCGUCAGAAUCGAAUGUGGGAAGGACUUGAUACAUUACGCAUCAUGCGGCGUAGUUGCGACCGAUGACCCUAAAUGUCAUAUCACGGAGAUAGACCUGCAUAGACCUUACCCCGAUUGUUGUCCAGACAUCAAAUGUGAACUGGACAAUAAUCUUGUUUAAAUGUAGAAGACGUGGUGUUAUAUGUUGGGAAUUAAAUCAAUUAAUUGACUGUCAUACUCAGAGACGUCCAGUGGACAAUAAGAGCCCCUAAAUGUAGAUUGUUAAUGCGAAAUCUACACUGAAAGACUGCAGUUACCAAUGACUCUUAGUGUGGCAAACAAAAUAUAUUUUAAGGCUAUGAACUGAAAAAAUAGUUUUGGAAAAUACCAAAAACUGAACAUGUCAAAUCAAAAUGUUAAAAUAACUUGCUCUU